GAGACGGCGAGAGGAGGGAGCAGCCCGAGCGGCGGGAGGCGCAGGGGUUAAUUUCUUCAGCGUGUGUCCUCAGAGGGUGAGUGCUGCUGGUGUUAGUAGCAAGGGCUGAAGAAACCUGCCAUUCCAUACAAGCUUUCCACCAAAGAACUGGGGAGAUUCAAUAUUUCGAGCUUGUACUUUGAAAACUGCUGACAGCGUCUGGUAAUGUGCUGACUGGCACUAUGGGCAGGCGAUACCCAGGGGCUCACUAUCGUCCAAGCAGCUCAUAUUUCAAAUUAUAAUCCUUUUCCUGAUCCAUUGCUGAAGCCCUGUGAUCCAUGUCAGAAGUACUUCCAGUUGACUCCAGUGUGGACGUGUUGGCUGUGUUUAUGGCAAGCAAUAGCACAACAGACGUUGUGAAUCGCAAUAAUCCUGCCACUCCCCCAAAUACUCUUAAUCUACGCUCCUCCCAUAAUGAACUAUUGAAUGCGGAAAUAAAGCAUACAGAAACAAGGAACAGCACUCCCCCGAAAUGCAGGAAAAAAUAUGCAUUAACUAACAUUCAGACAGCCAUGGGCCUAUCGGAUCCAGCAGCACAGCCCCUUCUGGGGAACAACUCUGCCAAUAUAAAGCUGGUGAAGAAUGGAGAAAAUCAGCUUAGAAAAGCAGCAGAACAGGGGCAACAGGAUCCCAACAAAAAUCUCACUACGACUGCAGGCAUAAACAUAACUUCUGAGAAGUUAGAAGGUAAAGAGCCUACCCCUCAGGAUUCUGCAGGCUGUGAAAUAUUCUCCUCUCAACCUAGGAGGACGAAGAGCUUCCUAAAUUACUAUGCAGAUCUGGAAACAUCAGCCAGGGAACUAGAACAGAAUUUUGGGAACAGCCAUGUAGUGAUGGAGGAGAAAGCGGCACAAAGUAACAGCCAGGCUUCUACCAUGAUUGUCAAUGGGGAUGUGUUGCCUCAGAAACAAAACAAGCUGUCUAGUCCAGAAGAUGGCCAAGUAGCCACUGUGUCAUCAAGUCCUGAGACUAAGAAGGACCAUCCUAAAACCGGAGCCAAAACAGAUUGUGCAUUACAUCGGAUUCAAAAUCUGGCUCCAAGUGAUGAAGACUCCAGCUGGACGACUUUAUCGCAGGACAGUGCUUCUCCAAGUUCACCUGAUGAAACAGCAGAUAUAUGGAGUGAUCACUCAUUUCAGACCGACCCCGACUUGCCACCUGGCUGGAAAAAAAUCAAUGACAUUGCUGGGACCUAUUAUUGGCACAUACCAACAGGAACAACCCAGUGGGAACGUCCUGUCUCCAUACCAACGGAUCUUCAGAGCUCAAGGAAAGGAUCACUUAAUUCUAUUACCCCAUCUCCUACCCCAGAAACUGAGAAACAGCCAUGGAGUGAUUUUGCUGUACUGAAUGGGGGAAAGAUUAAUAGUGACAUUUGGAAGGACCUUCAUGCAGCCACAGUGAAUCCAGACCCCAGUCUAAAAGAAUUUGAGGGAGCAACAUUACGCUAUGCGUCUUUGAAGCUCAGAAAUGCUCCACAGUCUAAUGAAGAUGAUUCCUGUAGCAUCAACAGUGAUCCUGAAGCCAAGUGCUUUGCUGUGCGCUCUUUGGGCUGGGUAGAAAUGGCAGAAGAAGAUCUAGCUCCUGGAAAAAGCAGUGUUGCUGUGAACAAUUGCAUCAGACAACUGUCUUACUGUAAAAAUGAUAUCAGAGACACAGUUGGCAUAUGGGGAGAGGGAAAAGACAUGUACCUUAUACUGGAGAACGACAUGCUAAAUUUGGUUGACCCCAUGGAUCACACCAUUCUUCAUUCUCAGCCCAUUGUGAGCAUCAGAGUCUGGGGAGUGGGUCGUGACAAUGGACGAGACUUUGCUUAUGUAGCAAGAGACAAAGACACAAGAAUUUUGAAAUGUCACGUCUUUCGAUGUGAUACGCCUGCGAAAGCCAUCGCAACAAGUCUGCACGAAAUCUGUUCUAAGAUUAUGGCUGAACGGAAGAAUGCUAAAGCUGUGGCUUGCAGCUCUUUGCAAGAGCGGACAAAUGUCACCCUGGAUGUUCCCCUGCAAGUAGAUUUCCCAACACCAAAGACAGAGCUGGUACAGAAGUUCCACGUCCAGUACUUGGGCAUGUUACCUGUAGUUAAACCAGUGGGUAUGGAUACGCUGAACAGUGCCAUAGAAAACCUUAUGGCUUCCUCUAGCAAAGAGGAGUGGAUGCCAGUUACCAUGAAUGUUGCUGAUGCUACUGUGACGGUCAUCAAUGAAAGAAAUGAAGAACAAAUCAUGGUGGAAUGUCGUGUUCGGUUCCUGUCCUUUAUGGGAGUGGGCAAGGAUGUCCAUACAUUUGCCUUCAUUAUGGAUACAGGGAACCAGCAUUUUGAAUCCCAUGUUUUUUGGUGUGAACCAAAUGCAGGAAAUGUAUCAGAAGCUGUUCAGGCUGCAUGUAUGUUACGAUAUCAGAAGUGCUUGGUAGCCAGACCUCCUUCACAGAAAGUUCGACCGCCCCCUCCUCCUGCAGACUCGAUGACCCGAAGAGUCACAACUAAUGUCAAACGCGGAGUCUUGUCCCUUAUUGACACUUUAAAACAGAAACGCCCUGUUUCUGAGAUGCCAUAG